AUGGCAGAGCCCAGUGACAGAAGAACAGCAGCAGCAGAACCAGGAGACUGGUGCGAGACAGGCGGUGAACUUCCUGGGCUGCAGAGGUGCGGCCAUCCUGAUGUGAAAAUAGUCGGAGGAGAGGAAUCCAAAGAAGGGGAGUGGCCCUGGCAGGUGAGCCUGAGAGUCCGUCGCAAGCACAUCUGUGGAGGCUCGCUCAUCUCAGAUCAGUGGGUGCUGACCGCGGCCCACUGUAUUUUAAGCCGUUUCAGCUACAGCAUCAAGAUAGGAGAUAUGAGUAUCUUUCAUAAAGUCAACACAAGUGUGGUGGUCCCUGUCCAAAACAUCGUUGUCCACCCUCAGUUCACAAGAAUUGGGAGUGUUCAAAAUGACAUCGCCCUUCUUCAUCUGCUCUUCCCUGUGAAUUUCACCUCAACCAUCCAGCCCAUCUGCAUCCCAGAGCAGACUUUCCAGGUGGCAGCUGGGACCAGAUGCUGGGUGACUGGAUGGGGCCGACAGGGAGAAGAUCAGUCUCCUUUUUCAGAAAUUCUCCAGAAGGUCGACCAGUACAUCAUCCGCUAUGAAAACUGUAAUAACAUAAUGAAGCAGACCAUGUCAACUUUUUCGGAUGUAGUAAGGAAAGGGAUGGUCUGUGGCUAUAAAGCUGGUGGAAGAGAUUCUUGUCAGGGAGAUUCUGGGGGACCCAUGGUCUGUGAAUAUAACCAAACCUGGAUGCAGGUGGGGAUCGUGAGCUGGGGCAUCGGCUGUGGUCGUCGUGGAACGCCUGGAAUUUAUACGGAAGUUAGCGCCUACAGGAACUGGUUGGGAUCUAUUGACCCUGUGGAGAUCCACACAAUCGAGGGUGGCAGUGAGGCUGGAGCCCGGAAAGUGCCCUGGUCUGGUGCACCGGUCACCUGCCUGAUCCUUGGCUGUGCCCCCAAGCCCUAUACCAGCGCUCUGCCUGCCGGAAAGGAGAGGGGUGACCUGCCAGGUGGAGCAUGGUGGUUCUUUGACCUUUUGGAGAACAUCAACCAGAGAAGGGAGGUUCGAUUUGACAUCAUCAGUGGCAGCCGCCAGCACCCUGGAGCGAGCCGGCAGAACCCGCCACCUGUCGGGGCUCCGCCAUCCGUGGAGGUCCCUGGAUCCAGUGGGAACGCGGGUGACCCCUCUUUGUUGUCGGUUACCCCAGGGCCAGGGCCCUGCUCUGGGGAUUCGGAGGAUUCCUUGCUCUGCCUGGGCAAUCCUGGCGGUGGUGGUGGUGGUGGUGGUGGUGGUGGGGAGCAGAGACUUUACUUUCAGCCCCCUCCCUUCACUGACCUGCUCCAGGAUGUGGCCGUCCGACUAUGA